AUGGGCUUCCUGGAUGCUGGCAUAGCAGAGUCCCUCUCUGACAAGCUCACCGUGGCCUACAGUGACAAUCUAAGUGUAGCAGGGCUGGCUUUCCUAGAGACAGAACUUCCUCCACCUGCCCUCUGGCCCGGAGCUCGCCUCCGGCCGCCCACACCGUCCACCAUGGGAAGAUUGCGGGGAGGCCGCUGGCGCCCGCGCCCCCGCCGAUGCUGGGCCCACACUCGCGACGUCCGAGCCACCAUUCUCUCGGUCUUGGAGUCGCCCGACUUGGUGCCCACACCAACCUCGGAGGUGCGUCAGAACAACCGCCCCGAGUGUGAGGCCGCGGUCAACAAUCACGCCGCCCUGGAGUUCCACGCCUCGUUCCAGUGCCUGGCCGUGGCCUUCUACCUCAACCGUGAUGACGUGGCCCUGAAGCAUUUCUCCCGCUUCUUCCUGCUUGGCUCCCACGAGCACAGCAAGACAGCGGAGAGCCUGAUGUUCCUGCAGAAAGAGCGUGGGGGCCGCGUCUCUUUCCUCGGCAUCAGAAAGCCCGAGAGCCAAGAGUGGGAGAGCGGGCUCCAGGCCAUGCAAGACACCCUGCACCUGGAGAAGUGCGUCAACCAGAGCCUGCUCGACCUGUACCAGCUGGCCAUUGAGAGCUGCGACACUGACCUGUGCCACUUCCUGGAGACCGGCUACCUGGACCAGCAGGUCAAGUUUAUCAAGGAGUUAGAGGACCAUGUCAGCAACCUGAGCAACGCGGGGUCCCCGGAAGGCGGCCUGGCAGACGACGUCCUUGACAAGCUCACCCUGGGCCACGGCGACAAGGAGGACUGA